CCCGCGCCACUAAUAUCACAGCCACACCAGAACUCCGCGCGAAUCAUCACAGCUUCAUUGCUCAGACCGAGUGACGACCUGGCAGGUUCUAUUCCCCCCUCUGCAGUUUAUUCUUCUUUUAUCUUGGUGUUUUCGGCAUUUAUUACCGCCAUAAUGUCCCGGGCAGGUACCUGGCUAAAGAUGCUCAUUGCAGGCGCGGCAGUUACGAUCGGAGGCCCCGCGUUCGUGCAAUAUAUCCGACCGACAGACGAAGAGCUCUUCAAACGGUAUAACCCGGACCUACAACGCCGCAGUCUCGAGGAAGGGGAACGUCGCGCGCAGGAGUUUGACGAGUACGUGACCAAGCUGAAGGAAUGGUCGCGAUCGGACAAGUCGAUCUGGCUGGCCGCCCAGGAACAGGAAGAACAGAAACGAGUUCAGGUUGAGGCGCAGCGGGCCCAGGCCAAGGACGAGGCGAGGAUACAGCGGGAGGAGAUGCGGAAGGAGUUGCUGGGAGGGAAAUAGAUAGUCCUUAGGUAGGGUACCUAGGGUCAUUGUUUUGAUGGAUAGGUUUUAACUAUUGUCUGUACUUUACUAUCAAGGAGUUGGGUUGAUAUUCAAAAGCAUUAUUCACUGUAUAUAGCUAUACAACAAACCAUUGAUUCAGGGAGUCUUUUCGACCCAAUCACGCGGGUAUAC